UUAAUCGUAGUGUCGAAUGGCUGAACCGUUUUGAGACAAACAGCAGCAGCAAGCAACGGCUGAAAGCAGAAUGCCGUUUCUGCAUCAUAUAACGGACUUGGAACUGGAGCAGUUAGCUUUGGACCGUGUUGUACCAGCUCUGCUGGACAGAGGUUUCUUCUAUAUGGACAGUUUUCUCGGUGACACGGUUGGUCGUGUGGUCUUGGGUCAAGUGAAACAAAUUCACCGUUCAGGUGUUUUAAGUGACGGACAGCUCGCUGGACGAGCUUCUGGAGUGAGAAGAAGUCAUAUUAGGGGAGAUAAGAUAGCCUGGGUCAGUGGUACCGAGAGAGGAGCCGAGGCUAUCAAUUUUUUACUUAAACAGACUGAUAAACUCAUCUCACUCUGCGCUAGCAGGCUGGGAAAAAACACGAUCCGAGAACGCUCCAAGGCAAUGGUAGCGUGCUAUCCAGGCAAUGGAGCAGGUUACGUGAAACAUGUGGAUAACCCGAAUGCAGAUGGCCGAUGUGUGACCUGCAUCUACUACUUGAACAAAAAUUGGAAUGCCAAGGUAGGCAAUGUUAAUAGCUUUUGUAGUUGUGUACUUUGUAAAAUAUCUACAGUAAAUAAUGCAGUGCUUUUGUUCCAGGAACAUGGGGGAAUUCUGCGCAUAUUUCCUGAAGGAAAAUCUUAUGUAGCUGACAUUGAACCUUUGUUUGAUCGACUGCUGCUCUUCUGGUCAGAUCGCAGGAACCCUCAUGAAGUACAGCCAUCUUUUGCUACAAGGUAUGCAGUGACUGUUUGGUACUUUGAUUCAGAAGAAAGGGCUGAAGCAAAACAAAGAUUCAGAGACUUAACAGCUUCAUCACAAGCCAGCAACACAACCUAGCAGAAGAUUAGGAUUGUGUGUGUGUGUGUGUGUGUGUGUGUUUGUUGUUUUGGCCCUUUGUGCACUUAAGGUACCUGAUCUUCUGUCUCAGGCAUGUUAUUUGGAUUGCUGUCUUUGUAAACUAAAACUAAUUUCUUGUAAAGCAACAGCUACUUUUCCUAGUGACUUUUUACCAUGUUUAAGUCAGAAUACUGACACAAAUGAUGACUUAGUAAUUGUUAACAUUUUCAUAGAUAUGUUUAGUUAAAAUGAAAUAUUGUUUUAUCGUGUGUAAGAACACUGGGGUAUUUAGUUUUUUUUGUUACUUUAUGCCAGAAAUGAAAAAACAAAACAAAAAACAGUGGUAAGGAGAUAUGCACAUAUACACAGUAUGCUCGUAUACAUUUAUUUUUACUAAACUGUUUAUCACUUUUAAUGAUACAUUUAGAUAUAGUGCACUUCUUACAUUUGACUGGACUACACCACAAAUUAAUUAAGACAUGAAAUUACCACCUAAUGAUUUUUAUUGCCUUUGUGGCCCUAACCACUGUCAGAGAGAGAGAGAGAGAGUGAUUAAAAAUAUUUGCAAACUAGAGCUUAUUGAGUUUGUGAUAUCAUACAUUAUGUAAUAAGUUCAUUUGGAUGUGUGUUUUUUUACAUGUUGUGUGUAUUUUAAACAUUCUCUUUUAAUUGCAACAGAUUGUCUUCAAGUCAUUAAAAAUGGUCAGCGUGCAUGUUUUCACAAGGUUAUCAGAUCACUUCCAGGGCAUAAUAACCUAAAUCAUUUUGCAAAUGUAUCAUGCAUGCAUGUAUGUAUACAUGUGUAUAUGUACAUAUUAUUAACGAAAAGGUUAAUCUGCUACUGGCAUGUGCCAUGUUAUUUUUUGUACCAAGUCCAAGAUAAGGCUCAGCUGUAAAGUACAUGAUGGUAAUGUUUAGGAAUGCAUGUAUACGUGAACACAUGAAUAAUGACAAACAAGUUUUUUUAAAAGCUAGAGUAAUUCUCUGUAAAAACAUAUAAGUGCAAACAGAUGGUGGAAUACUAUGUGUAUAGUUUAACUGUGCUAAUAUCUCUGAAACAUUGACCAUGUCAAUUUUAUAUUAUGUAUGUAACUUUAUGAACCCCAUUAUUUUCUUUAAUGUGUGUUGAUUUUAAAUGAUUAGACAGCUUGCAUGCUGGUCAGCAAUGCUGGUUAUGGACACAGAAUAAUAAACAUUGGAGAAUUGCUUUUGGUCACUGCUCUUUCAAAGUGUAAUGUUUAUUGUGACCUGACAGUGACCUGUCAAAGCAAAACUAUCUUUUUUGUUUAAUUCACAAUUAUUUGUCCACAUCUGCAAAGCCAGAUUAAUAAAAUAUAAAUGUGCUUAC